UCAGUUUUGCGUCAGUAGCACGCGACGUCAGUAGCUCGCGACGGUGCUGCUUCCUGCUCGGGAUUCCGAGCUUACUUGCAGCAUGUCGGUCAUCUUCGCCCCUGACUGGCUUCGCGGCAAGGCUAAGGUCAACCAGGAAACCAUUCAGCGGCUCCUGGAGGAGAAUGACCAGCUGAUCCGCUGUAUCGUGGAGUAUCAGAACAAGGGCCGAGCGAACGAGUGCGUCCAGUACCAGCACGUGUUGCACAGAAAUCUCAUUUACCUAGCUACCAUCGCAGAUGCCAACACAAGCAGCCUCACGAAGGCAGUGGAGUAACUCCAGGAGGCUGUUGCCAGGACUGACUGAAGGGGACACAUCUUCUGUGAAAUAGACACAGUUGUCAGGGACUAAGCUGCUUAGAACGCGGGCAAAAAGACUGUGAUUCGUUUGGACUCUGAAGAAAGUUGCUACUAACUCCUCUAUAUCUUAGUGUAAAUAUUUUAGUAAUAAAACAGAUCCCACAGUAAAACGGAAUGGAGGCAAUGUGGCAACAGUGCCAUUGUCACGGUCAACAAAAUCAAUAGUGCUUCUUAAUUCUCUGGUAUCAAAUGAUAACCAGUCUUUCUCUGUCCCACCAGCCAGCUCUCAGAUAACGAUAGAUACAGAGACUUGUUAGUUAUGAAACCUUGGUCUUGCUAGCUCUGUUAACUUAAAUUAAUACAUUUCUAUUAAUCCUCGCUCUGUCACACGCUGCCCACCCUGCUUCCAUGUCCCCUGGCAUCUCAUCUGCACUUCAUCCCGCUUCCUCCUCUCCUCCGGAAAGUCCUGCCUCUUCCUCCUGCCCAGCUAUUAACUGUUCAGCUCUUUUUUAUUUUAAAUAUUUAUUUAUUUAUUUAUUUAUUUAUUUAUUUAUUUAUUAUGUAGACAAUAUUCUUUCUGUGUAUAUGUCUGCAGGCCAGAAGAGGGUACCAGACCUCUUUACAGAUGGUUGUGAGCCACCAUGUGGUUGCUGGGAAUUGAACUCAGGACCUUUGGAAGAGCAGGCAAUGCUCUUAACCACUGAGCCAUCUCUCCAGCCCCCUGUUCAGCUCUUUAUUAUGCCAAUCACAGCAAUAUACCUUCACACAGUAUACAAGUAUCGCACAACAGUGACGUUCACUUCCCUUUGUGAUCUAUCCCACAUCAGCUGAGGCUGUCUUACAGCCCUGUUUUCACACUAUUUCAAGUCCACACUAUAAAAAAUGCCCAAGUUUCUUUUCAGGGAGAGAGGUUGAAGCAAAAACCCCUGCUUAAGGCUGAAUUACACAUCAAAGAGAAUCAAGCAAAGGGUGCAUUCAGAGCUGAGAAGCAAAUAAUAGUAAUAAUAAUAAUAAUUUAAUAGCCAGCACUAGGCACCUCUGGGAAAUAGAGGCAGGAGGUCGAGGUCAGCCUAGGCCACAUGAGAUCCUGAAAAAGGGAAAAUGUAUUUGUUAGCAUAUAAAAAAUAGGUUUAACAAUGACUUUUUUGUUGUUGUUUGGUUUUUAAGACAGGGUUUCUCUCUAUUGUCUGCUGUCCUGGAACUCUCUGUAGACCAGGCUGACUUCGAACUCACAGAGCAAUGGCAUUUUCAUAGUUAAACAUAAUGUAUUUUGAUCCUAUUCACUUCUAUUACUCGUUUGACCCCUUCCUAUUUGAAAGCUUGAUCUAUAACAUAGAUGCAAUUGAAAGGUAUUGUGCGUUUGUGCUGUGGAACAGUCAGCCAGGAAGGUCAGAUGCCAAAUGUAUCAGUCUGCUCUCUGUUGAAGUGAUACAACACCGUGACAAAAGCAGCUUUUGGAGGAAAGAGUUUAUUUCCUUAAACGUCCCAGUCCAUCACAAAGAGAAGUAUGGGCAGGAACUGAAACAGAGGCUGUGGAAGACAGGUUUACUGGCUUCCUUUCUUGUUGGAAAGACUGAAAUCUGUUAGUUGCUCAGCCCCAGAGGUUGGCUAUCUCAUCAGUCCCAAUCAUACACUGGAGGCCUGGAAGAUUCCUGGAGCUGCUGCUCUUGUCUAUGUUGGAAUCCCAAAUAAGUUGGUUUAAUAUCAACCAGCAAAGGGCAGAUGAACUCGCCAGAGACAGUGAAAGCAAGCAGAAGUCAAAGUCUCCUUCUGGGUCUUUUUAUCUGGAAAAAGAAGAGUAUGACUCAGAUUUGGGAUGAAUCUUCUUUUGAAUAAUCCAAUCAAAAAUCCCUCAACAGAGUGUCCAGCGGCUUGGAUUUUGGUUGGUUCCGGUUGCAAUCAAGUUGAUAACCAAAGCAGACCAUUAUAGGAUGAUUCUACAGACAGGAGGUACUAGCAGUCACCAGACUGACAAUGUAGAGGUGUCCAGAGUAGGGGUUCAGGGAGGAGGGAGAAGGGAAUAUGGCUGCACCACUGAACUGUACUUAAAAAUGGUAACAAUAAUAUAACACAGGCUUUUA